UUUUUCUCUGUGAAAAUGUCUGCUUAUAAUCAGUAUGGUAUGGCUCCAUUUAAUGGAAAAUCUGAUUUUAGCAUUUGGAAGCAAAAAAUUAAAUGUAUUUUAAUACAACAAAAAUGUUUUAAAGCAGUUGGCGAAACCUAUUUAAUUUCUGACACAGAAGAGAAAAGGGCUGAAAUGAAUGAAAAUGCAUGUUCUGUGAUUUAUUUGAACUUAUCUGACUCUGUGAUUAGAAAAGUUGGAAUUUUAGAGAGUGCUAAAAUUCUGUGGGAUAAAUUGAAUGAACUGUAUACUGAGACCUCUUUGCCUAACCGGAUAUUUUUACUUGAGAAAUUCUUCAAAUUUAGACUAGAUAUGUCUAUAGAUAUUGAAGAAAAUCUAGAUGUUUUUACCAAACUUAUUUCGGAUAUUAAGUUGUGUGGUGAUAAGCAUAUAGAUGAUUAUUCCCCUAUUGCUCUUUUAAAUGCUAUUCCUGAUUCCUUUGGUGAUGUGAAAUCUGCUAUUAAGUAUGGUAGAGAUAAUGUGACUCUUGACAUUGUGGUUAAUGGUCUUAAGAGUAAGGAAUUAGAUUUAAAACAGAUGGGUGAGGGUAGAAAAUCCGAGGAAGUUAUGCAUGUGAGGGGUAGAGAAAAUAAUAGUAGACGACAUAGAUCUAAGUCUAGGUCUAAUUCGAGACGUUGCUAUUAUUGUCAUGAACCUGGUCAUUUCAUAAGAUACUGUCCUAAAUCUAGGAAAAAUGAGCAUAGUGAGCAUGCUAAUUUGACUACGUGUGAAGAUGAUUUAGGUGAUGUUUUUAUGACAAAUCUAUGUGAUUAUGACUACUUGAGUUCUGUGAUAUCUGAUUCUUUGGGUAAAUCAGAUUGGGUGGUAGAUUCUGGUUGUAGUUUUCACAUGUCCCCUUUGAAAAAUGUGUUUUCAAACUAUAGAGAGAUUGAGCAUGGCUUUGUGUCUUUAGCAAAUGAGAAGAAAUGCAAUGUGCUAGGAAUAGGAGAUGUAUGCCUUAGGUUUUCUUCUGGUUAUGUGCUUACUUUGAAGAAUGUUAGGCAUGUUCCUGAGCUAUGCUGUAAUUUGCUAUCUUGUGCAUCUCUUGAAAAUGAUGGUUUGAAGGGAAAAUGGGGAAAGGGAAUCAUGAAAGUUGUGAAGGGUUG